AUGGAUCCCACGGACCCUGAGACAGCGGAUCUUGUUUUGCAAACUGCAGAGCAAGAAGUCGAAGAGGCUUUGAGGUCAUUGAAUGGCGAACGAUUAAUGAUGACGUUCGAGCGGCCACAGAAAUAUCCACACAACGUCAGGAAGUGGGUAUCUUGCGGGAGUGCACUGCUUGUUCGGAAAGUUAUCCUGAGCCCGACACGAUUCGGAAUGGCUGCUCACAUGUUUACUGCCAAGGGUGUGCCAUCCGCCUUCUCCAAAACUCCCUGGCUGAUGAAAGCUUGUUUCCUCCUCGUUGCUGCCGUUCUCCUUUGCCAUUGGAAGCUGCGCGUGGCUUCAUCGAUGAUGGACUGUGGGGGAGAUUUGAAGAAAAGACGAUCGAACAUGGAGAUCAACAGCGAACUUAUUGCUCGGACCCGGCUUGCUCUCGAUACAUUUUGCCAACAAAUGUCCGUGGUACGCUUGCAACUUGCAGAUUGUGCAACCGACAAACAUGUACUCUCUGCAAGAAGAUCAAUCAUCGGGGAGAAUGUGUUGAUGACCGCGCAGAGGUCCUUGAGCUCGCAAGAGAAAAUGGAUGACAAAGAUGCUUGA